UGCAGCAUGUGAGCACUGCCCCGCCUCCCCUCCGCACACAGACAGCAGCAGCAGCUCACCCGCCGCCGUGGACUUACCCGUAGGUAACGGAGAAGAUGGCAGAGCGGCAACAGAAGCACGAAGGCAGAGUAAAGAUUGGCCAUUACGUCCUCGGCGACACGCUUGGCGUCGGAACAUUCGGGAAAGUAAAAAUUGGCCAACAUCAGCUGACUGGCCAUAAAGUGGCUGUAAAGAUCCUCAAUAGGCAGAAGAUCCGCAGCCUUGAUGUCGUGGGGAAAAUCAAACGGGAGAUACAGAACCUCAAACUCUUCAGGCACCCACACAUCAUCAAACUGUACCAGGUGAUAAGCACACCAACAGACUUCUUCAUGGUAAUGGAGUAUGUAUCAGGAGGGGAGCUCUUUGACUACAUCUGUAAACACGGACGGGUAGAGGACUCAGAGGCACGGCGUCUCUUCCAGCAGAUUAUCUCUGCUGUUGACUACUGCCACAGACACAUGGUGGUCCACAGAGACCUCAAGCCGGAGAAUGUCCUGCUAGAUGCCAGCAAAAAUGCCAAGAUAGCAGACUUUGGCCUGUCAAAUAUGAUGUCAGACGGGGAGUUCCUGAGAACAAGCUGUGGCUCGCCUAACUAUGCCGCCCCAGAGGUUAUCUCAGGACGGCUGUAUGCCGGUCCAGAGGUGGACAUCUGGAGCUGCGGAGUGAUCCUGUAUGCCUUGCUCUGCGGCACACUGCCCUUCGACGACGAGCACGUGCCGACACUGUUCAAGAAGAUCCGGGGAGGGGUGUUCUACAUGCCGGAGUACCUGAACCGCUCCGUGGCCUCGCUGCUCAUGCUCAUGCUGCAGGUGGACCCGCUGAAGAGAGCCACCAUCAAAGACAUCCGGGAGCACGAUUGGUUCAAACAGAACCUGCCGGGCUACCUGUUCCCGGAGGAUCCUUCGUACGACACCAACGUGCUGGACGAGGAGGCUGUCAGGGAGGUGUGCGACAAGUUUGAAUGCACUGAGUCUGAGGUCAUGUCCAGCCUCUACAGUGGAGACCCCCAGGACCACCUGGCGGUGGCCUACCACCUGAUCAUAGACAACCGGCGCAUCAUGACCCAGGCCAGCGAGUUCUAUCUGGCCUCCAGCCCCCCGCAGGGCUCUUUCAUGGAGGAGGGCAUGCCCCUGCCCCCGGGUGUCAAACCCCAUCCCGAGAGGAUGCCGCCGCUGCUGGCCGACAGCCCCAAGUCCCGCUGCCCUCUGGAUGCUCUCAACACCACCCGGCCCAAGCCACUGGCGGUGAAAAAAGCCAAGUGGCACCUGGGCAUCCGCAGCCAGAGCAGACCCUACGACAUCAUGGCCGAAGUGUACAGAGCCAUGAAGCAGCUCAGCUUUGACUGGAAGGUGGUGAACCCUUAUCACCUGCGUGUUCGCAGGAAGAACCCAGUGACGGAGACCCUGGUGAAGAUGAGCCUGCAGCUUUACCAGGUGGACAGCCGUUCCUACCUCCUAGACUUCAAGAGCAUCGACGAUGACAUCAUUGAGUUGACCGGCUUCAAGUCAGGCUCGUCUACCCCUCAGCGGUCGGGCUCCACUGCGGGCAUGUUCAGACCCAGGCUGAGCGUGGACUCAGCCAGCACCGCCAUGGACUCACUGGCCCAGCUCAGCUCCUCCCUGCCGGGCUCGCUGGCGGGAAGUGCACCCCAGCUGGCCCCACGGCAGGGGUCGCACACCAUGGAUUUCUUUGAGAUGUGCGCCAGUCUGAUCACCACCCUGGCCCGCUGAGGGAAGGAAUGGAUGCCCUCAGAGAGCCCCAAGGAACUCCCGGCCCUCCACCGGACCCCCACCACUACGUCAGAAGCCGAGGCGGGCCGAGGGGACAGGAUGAUGCAACUGCUUGUGUCGUCUCAAAUGGUCUCAAGUGGUCUGCUGUCCAUCGGCCCUCCUUUCAAAUAAUUAUGUGAUUUGAGUCAAAAAACAAACUGUGAGGGUGAGCAGGGAUGUGAAAAGCGUAGUUGGUGGGGUGUUAGGGGGGAGAGGAAGCCGUUGAUAAUUUUUUUCUAACAUGGACCCAAGGUCAGUCGCUGUGAGGUAAUUGGUUGGACGUCAGACCGUGAAAACUGACUGUGGGCCCAGGAAACAUAACUGGGAUGAUGGCUGUGGUAGGGGUGAGAGCUCAGAGGUCAGAGUUCACCAUCAUUUUUAGAGGCACGAUCAGCUAAGAACAAGGUUGCUGGGCGUUUCGCCACGUGAUACUGUGAAGUCACCCGUUGAAUGCUGACCAAAAACAGCAUUGCCCACGCAUCACUGUAGAGAGCCUAUUUACUGUAGCUCUGAGCAGUGGUCCAGGGUCAGUUUCAGAGUCUUGUUCUUAGUUAGAACGUGUAAACUGACCCGUUCUAAGUCUGAGGACACAUAAACAUAAGCAUAUUUUUUCAGUUUUCUUGUAUAUGUGUGUGUGUGUGUGUUUGUGUAUAUAUAUAUAUACACACACAAAACCUUUAAGAUAACAGAAAAAAUAUAUAACAUGCUAUAUUAUGUGUGUAGUUGAAGAGAUCAACAUACCAAGUAUAAAUUGUUAUAUACUCAUAGAGAGGUUUAUAAUUUAAGCACUGCAUUAUUCAGUUUGGUUAUGAUAUUUAGGAUAUUAUAGAUGAUCGUUAACCUAGAAAUAUUUCAUACCUUGAUUCUUUCUACUUUAAGGUACCGAUACACACCAUUGUCUGUGCUAGAUAAUGACUAUAACCAUAUUGUAUUCUUUCUAAAACAAUUCAGCAGGAUUGACAAACAUUUUACGUAUGAAGCUUUCUUCAGAUCCUCAAUGUCCCUAACAAUUGCAGCAUUCUAUCAUUAUUGUAGCUUGCAAAACACAGAGGUUUACAACAGAGAUGGAAGCCAUGCAUGCAAACUGUUCUGUUGGAAUAGAAGAAUGCAAAUGAAAACAUUUACCGGCUACAACACAAACAAUGAAAGAGCUGUAUGCAGAGCACCGAUGGUACAGUCCUUUAAGCAUAUGGAGUGUAUCUUGGGAAGUUGUUUGCUAAAAUAAGCAACACAAAUCUUUCUUCUGCUGCCUUCAAUCAUCAAAAAACAUGGAUUUUUAUGUAGACAGACACACAUGCACUGUGUGUGUGUGUGUGUGUGUGUGUGUGUGUGUGUGUGUGUGUGUGUGUGUGUGUGUGUGUGUGUGUGUGUGUGUGUGUGUGUGUGUGUGUGUUUAUGUUGGUGGGGGAACAGUGCUUUGGCAUGAGGUGGUUUGGUGUGUGGCAUCAGUCUUCGUCACGUCUGAGAUUUAUUUGGUGGUUCAACAAGAGGCAAGAGGAUCAAUAGAAACCAAUCUGUUGGCUAGGAAGUUCAUAAUCCUUUAUAACACACAGCUGAUUAUUUUCCGAGGCAAGAGCAAAAGAAGGAACAUAGUGUACAGUAAACAUACUGUUGUUUCUCAAAGCAACACAUUGUAAUUCAACUGUCCAAUCAGGUUGUGUCUUUCUGGUUGUCUCUGUAUAGGUAUCUGGUGAGUAACUCCUCUAGAUUCCAUUUUACAGUCAUGAGCUGUGAAUGGUUAUAACCUGCAAGAUGGAAGCCGGCCUGAGUAUUUAUUGCUGGUGAGAAACAGUAUUCGUUGCGAUGCAUGCAACAGCGUCUUUUGAUCUUUACUUGUUCUGGUCAGUGUGCAUUGUGUUCUCAUUGCUGUAGUAAUGUUCCGUGUGCUCAAACGAAUAUGGCCAUGUUCUCUAGAUCUGAACAAGGAUCUAGUGAUUGAUUGGAUCCCCGGCGGUGUAAAAUAUGGGCUCAGAGAAUACCCCUAAAUUUCUCACCUCUCCCUUUACUCUAUUUUUUUUCCUUCAUCUCUCUCCCCCCUUUGGAGAGAGUUCCCACGAUUAACUUUUGUGAAACAGUACAGAUGUGCUGGAGACCUGCUGCCCAGCAGUUGAAACUGUUAUCCAAGGUAUCAAUCUGUUACCUGAUCAUUCUGUUGGACCUAUCCAUUACCAUGAGGUGGGUUGGUGAAGACAUGCAUUAAGGAAUACCUCAUCCUGUUGUGGACAGUUAAGAGUACUGCCCUUUUAGAGCACUACUGAAGUCCACCAUGUUCGGAAGGAUCUGGUUAUAUUGUUGCCUUAUGAGAGAAUUCUGGUGGAGUCUGGUUGGAGGGGAGAAGAGCCAUUUUACUCAGCUGAAACCUCUUGUUCGCUAGUGUUGUGUCUCGUUUUGAGCUAGAGAGCCACUGAGCAACAUAUGCACGUCUGUCUUUCCUCUCUGGCUGGUCAUACAGCAUUAUGAAGUAUAUCUACUGAAAGAAAAAAGUGAAACGCUGCCACCUGCUGCUAGAAUUAAGCAACUGCAUACAGAAUGAGAUAGACUAUGAGCAUGUUACCCACAUCGGCUGUGAACCUGAUCAGUUGCCCGCUGUAUUGUGUACUGCUACAAUCACGUCAGGCCAGUUAUGCAUUUAGUAUGGAGCCAACAUAUUGUCGACCUCUAAUAAAGGCCAGUGUGUUGAUAAUGAUACAUCACGGCACGGAUCGUACAGAACUACUUGGAUGUAACCAGUAACUGCAAGUUAACUGAUGUGUUUGUACUGUACUUAUUGUAUGUAACUACCAGUGGUAUGUUGGUCACUUCUGUCUUUGUGUGUGCAUGUGCGUGUGCGUGUGCGUGUGCGUGCCUAAAGUGGAGUACUUUCCACCACAGAGCCGUCAGUUACGUUGGUCUGUGACAGGGACUUUAUGGUUUGUUCAGAGGUGUUCGCCUCUUCCGUCUGAGAGGCUUUUUGGGGGGGAUUUCUGUUACGCACUGCAUGGCGUUGCUGUUCUGAUUUGCACUUUAAUUGCUAUUCAUUGUAAAUUCAUUGCUCACUGAAUAAAUUAAGGAGUAUGGUAAAAUAUGUUUUCUGUUUGUG